AUGACAACUGAUCAAAAGCAUUCAUCGGAUGGUACACUUAACGAGCCAGAAGAUACCAGACGUAUAGAAAAAAUUGCUAAGUUAUUUGGAUUAGACGAGCAGAAUAUAGAAGUAUAUAAAGCGCUUUUUGGACAGAUUUGGGAGCUCGAAAAAAAAUUGGAAGAUUAUUAUUCCAAAUAUGAAAAGCUUAAAAGGAGGGUCAAUUUAUUGAAAGCUGAAAUAGAAGAUUUGGACGAAUAUGUAGAUAAAGAAACUUUAGUCGACUUAAUACAAAAAAUGGUUCCAUCACUAAUUAUUAGAAAAUAUAAGAAGAGAGGUUUGCUUUGUGAGCCCCUAAAUAGAUCUGACUCUAGUUUAUCUGACUCUAGUUCAUCCGAAGAUUCUGAAAUGUUUAGAAAAAUAUAUAAUGAGUUAAUAUUUUCAUUAAAUAAACAAAUGGAUGGUUUCUUGGAGGACCACGUAAAUGAACCAUUGUCACAUCAUCCUAUAAAGAAAUUUAGAAGGAGGAAGUCUGGAAGACCAGGCACAAUUGUUAAAAUCUCAUCCAAUCAAUACUAG